GGGGCCGUGCGCUGCGUGCUGGGAGAGCGUGGGCGCGUGCGGGGCCGGGCGGCUCCAUACUGCGUGGCGGAGCUCACCACCGGCUCAAGCACGCUGUGCCCUCUGCCCCCGCAGCCCGGCCUUGAGGGACCCCCGGGGACCUGCAAGCCAAGCAACCCGCAGCCUCUUUCGGGCCCGUGCCGGCGGGGUUGGCUCCGGAGCGCAGCCGCGUCCCGCCGCCUGCAACAGCGACGCGGAUCUCAACCGGAGACCCGCACUGGCGACGACGACCCGCACCGGCUCCUGCAGCAGCUCGUGCUCUCGGGAAACCUCAUCAAGGAGGCGGUGAGGAGGCUGCAUUCGCGACGGCUACAGCUACACGCAAAGCUUCCCGCACACCCGUUCAUCGGGCCUCUGUCGGCCCCGGUGCACGAGCCGCCUUCUCCCCGGAGCCCUCGAGCGGCCUGCAGCGACCCUGGUGCUUGGGGAGGGCGCGGCUCAGAACUGGGGACGACCUUCUUGUCCCUAGCAGCUAACAACCAGGGUGGCCACAGCACCAGCCUGUAGCUGGGGACCAAGAGAUUCACCCAGGAUCGCACCGGACUGGUGGAGGACUCGAGCAUUUGAAAACGGGAUAAUAAACUAAGAAAUACUGCCGGAAAACCGCUAUUAUUUUCAUGGGGUCACUGAAGUUGAGACCCCCAAACUGUUUGAAAUACAGGACUUAGGCUUGUUUAAAGCAGAUUUUAUAGAGCACACCGCAGGCUGUCAGCAGGACUCCUUUUUUCGCAGAAUCCAACCUCGUCGAUGCAAUUUGGCGCAGACUGCGGGGCAAUACGGCGACCACGUGGCUAUGGUGCAUGCUCUCAGGAUCGGCCAGCCGUGGUGGAACGAGGGACGAUGAUCACAGUUAUAUGCUGUACUUUUCAGGGCUGCUUUCUGAUCCACUUUGGGGGAGGGGGGGACAAGAGUGGAUGUAAUUUCGGGGAGCACCCCAAAAUGCUACACUUGAACAUUUUAUGGCAGUUAAAAGACCGUCUCAUAUCUUUUGCGGUGCUGGUUUUAAUGUAAAACAUGCGGUACCACGAAAGGACCCUCAUGGGGCUAAAUAGAAGUAACUUUUUUUUUUUUCCCUGUCUGUCCCCUUUUUUGCAACUGGUUGCUGUUAGCGGAGUGUUACCGGAAUGUUGUACCACAAGUGGGGGUGGGAGGCGGCAGUGAGCGGUGUUGGGCCAUGGAAGGGUAUGGCGAAGCACGGAUUGAACUCUCCGGCCUAACAAGUGUUUUUAAAGGCGACCCGUCCCUCCUUCGGUCAAGGUCACUGUUUCCUGAGUGCACCAUGUUGUGGGGCACCGGCACAGAGACUAGCUAGAAGAGCGCACUGUUUUGCAAGUGCUGGAGUCCCCUAAGGACAGCGCGCCACCUCCCGGAGGUGGGGGUGCUGAGUGUCUCUGCUUCCCGCCCGGGGCCACCGCCCUUGCCCUUCUCUUGGUCUGCACAGAAACCGCCUUGAAACAGUGGCCCCGAGUACCACCUUUCCCCCUCGGCUCUGGGGCCCUACCCAAGCGGAGUGGCGCUGAGGGUCCUAGAGGCCAGGGAGGGGGGUCUAAGGAGGCUCCACACAGCCGGCACUCCUUGGACACAGUUUCACACAGCCGCUUAUAAUAGGCUCUCGGGGCCGUUUGUAAUAACAGCUGCAAUUCCCUGGAUAGAGGGAGUUGAUUUCCUCCUUCUGACCCUCCCCCAGCAGUGCCAGCUCGCCUUUGUAAGGGAAGGAAACCGGGUAGAAAAUGUGACCCUCCAAAUGGAAAAGCUGCAGGCUUUCUGCUAUUGUGACUGUGAAGUGCUUGGAAAUACUGUUCACUCCGAGCGACCGUUUCGUUUUAGUUUUAUGGAGUCAAUGGCUUGUUCAGCCUCCAGAUGUGGCUAUUGACGAAUCUACACUUCGCACCGAAGUGACUGGAAUUGUGGCUGUCCUGAUUAUAGGAUUUUAACUUAACUGAAAUGACUGUUUUUGAAUAAAUGUGUUGGGUUUUU